GGACACAAACGUUAGUUAAAAAGAUAUUGUUUCAGAAAAAAAAAAAAAAAAAAAAAGAAUAUAAGAAAGAAAAACGUGUUGGAGACGUGGAAUACCCUAAACCCAACCUUCUUCACCAACCUCUAGAAACAAAGAAAGAAAAAAAAGGGUCUUCACUCUUGAAUAAUGGCCAAGAACACAAGUGAGGAAACAAAGCCUGUAAUCCCAGCCUAUGUGAAAGCCAUAUCCGGUUCACUGGGUGGAAUUGUGGAGGCGUCUUGUCUCCAGCCCAUCGAUGUCAUCAAGACCCGUUUACAGCUGGACCGGACGGGUACAUACAAGGGUAUCUUCCACUGCGGCAGCACCACUGUGAAGACCGAAGGUGUGCGUGCUAUGUGGAAGGGGCUCACCCCCUUUGCCACCCACCUAACCUUGAAGUAUGCCCUACGGAUGGGAUCCAAUGCGGUUCUACAGUCGGCGUUUAAGGAUCCGAAAACCGGGAAGAUUAGUGAUGGAGGGAGGUUUCUUUCUGGGUUUGGUGCUGGUGUUAUUGAAGCUCUUGUUAUUGUCACCCCUUUUGAGGUGGUAAAAAUAAGGCUGCAACAACAAAAGGGACUGAGUCCGGAUCUUCUAAAGUACAAGGGUCCAAUCCAUUGCGCUCGUUUGAUCAUCCGUGAAGAAGGCCUACGCGGACUAUGGUCAGGGGCGGCCCCAACUGUAAUGCGCAACGGUACAAACCAGGCGGUGAUGUUCACAGCCAAGAACACCUUCGACAAAUUAUUAUGGAGGAAACACGAAGGUGACGGGAAGGUUCUUCAACCAUGGCAGUCAAUGGUUUCUGGGUUUCUAGCCGGAACCGCAGGUCCUGUAUGCACGGGUCCUUUUGAUGUAGUGAAGACAAGGCUCAUGGCUCAGAGUCGUGAGCCGGGUGGUGAAUUGAAGUAUAAGGGGAUGGUUCAUGCGAUCUUGACUAUACGCGGUGAAGAAGGGGUACGCGCGUUGUGGAAAGGGCUUCUUCCGCGGUUGAUGCGGAUCCCGCCAGGUCAGGCGAUAAUGUGGGGCGUGGCUGACCAGGUGAUCGGGCUUUAUGAGACGAAAUACGUUAAGGAUAAUAUACCGUUACCGGUGUAGUCUUACAUAUGGUAGAAGAUGAUAUUAUGGAUUUAGAUGAAUAAAGCUUCGGGUUUUUGAUUUCAUUCACAUGAUUCUUUCGGCGGAAAACCGUUGGAUUGAAAGACUGAGAUGAUGGAUGAGGUUUGGUAGAUUUUAUUCAACAUAGUAUGCUGUUGUUUGCUUUGCUUUGCUUUGUUUGCUGUUAGUUUGGGAUCUUAACAAACAAUGAUUAUUUUUUAUUUCACAAACAUGUUUGUCAUUUCGGGUAGAGGCGAGUAACGCUAAUUUCGACCCGAUUACAUGCUCAGUGUGUCGUUAUCAAUAGUAGCGCGGCCCGUGAUUUAUAUAUUGUUUUUACA